AUGGCGAAGAUGCAUGCUAAUGCAAACAUGACACUAGAUAAUAUGAUGAAGGCCUUUAGAGCAGCCACCAAAAAAUUAUAUGACGCAGCACUUGAGGGUGACUUACCUUCCUUGCUCAACUUGCUCCAACAAGAUCCAUUCAUCCUCAAUCGAUACAUCAUCGAAAAGCCGGGCCGUUUCUCACAAUCACCAUUACAUGUAGCAACUAGUUUGGGGCACCUAGAGUUUACCAAAGAAAUUUUACAUCAAAAGCCUGAACUAGCAGAGGAGCUUGAUUUCUCAAAAAGAUGGUCACCCUUGCACAUAGCCUCAUCAAAAGGGUACCUAGAUAUUGCGCAAGCUUUGCUCACGGAGAAGCCUAACAUGUGCUUUGCUCGCAAUCAAGAUGGAAUGAAUCCGGUUCAUGUUGCAGCCAUAAAUGGUCAGAUUCGUGUACUUGGUGAGCUUUUUCGGGCUAGGAUGCAGGCAGCUAGGGAGCGGGCAAAUGGUGGCGAAACUAUUUUGCAUUUGUGCGUGAAGUUUAGUCAACUUGAGGCUCUUAAGUAUUUGUUAGAUGUAAUGGAUGCUCAAUUAGUUAACUCCAAGGAUAGUGAUGGUAAUACAGUUUUGCACCUUGCUGUGGCUACUAAACAACCUGAGAUGGUAGAUUGUAUACUAAGAAACACAAGUAUCGAAAUAAAUGCCCUCAACACAAAUAAGCUAACUGCAAUGGAUAUACAAACUCAAAAUAGGAAGGAUUCAUCAAGAGAUGAUGAGGAGAUUUCGCGCUCUCUCAAAGUUGCCAAAGCAUUACAAGUUAAGGACACAUUGGAACUUCAUAACAAAAAUAAUCGCAACUGGCUGGAAAACCAACGUAGUGCUUUACUAGUGGUAGCAUCUCUGAUAGGAACAAUGGCUUUCCAAGUCGGAAUUAAUCCUCCAGGAGGUCUUUGGCAGGAUGAUACAAAUUUGCACAUUGCAGGUACUUCCGUAUUAGCUACCAAGGCUCCGGGUAGAUACAAUGUAUUACUCAUUAGUAACACAAUCGGCCUUGUUUCAUCUCUAAGUGUGAUCAUCCUCCUCAUAAGCGGCCUCCCCUACAGGAAACUCUUCAUUGGGAUUUUGAUGUUUAUCAUGUGGAUCGCAGUUUCAGCCACAACAUUUACCUACCUAAUGGCAAUACUACUAAUCUUUGAUUUAGACUUUUAUAAAACGAAAAAAUUUGAUGUAACACCUGGACAUUGGAAGACUCUUUAUUUAUCGCUGAUUGUAUGGGAUUGCUUGAUGGCGCUUGUAUUACUUGGACAUACAAUACGCUUCAUAGUGAAGCAGAUUAGGCAGGGAGAGCAGUCCUCGAUAAAAUUGUACAGAAGGUGGUUUACAAGGUCUACGUAUCAUCCACCUGCUGUCUAAUGUAACAAAAUUAAGAAUGUUUAACAAUAUUCAUAACCUUUGGUCAA